CGCGCGGGCGUGUGGGAAGGCCCCGGCGCCGCGGCCUUGCGUGCGCGCGUUCUUGGCGCGGCGGCAGGUUGGUUGGUCAAAGCUCUAUAAGCCACAAUGACUUCAACAAGUAAAGCAAUUGAAUUGCAACUUCAAGUGAAACAAAAUGCAGAAGAAUUACAAGAUUUUAUGAGAGAUUUAGAACAUUGGGAAAAAGACAUUAAGCAAAAGGAUAUGGAACUCAGAAGACAGAAUGGGGUUCCUGAAGAGAAAUUACCACCUAUUCGAAAUGGGAAUUUCAGGAAAAAGAAGAAAGGCAAAGCGAAACAGUCUUCUAAAACAACUAAAGAUGAAAACGCAAAAAACAGAAUAAAGUCCUAUGAUUAUGAGGCUUGGGCCAAAUUCGAUGUGGACAGUGUUCUGGAUGAGCUUGACAAAGAAGACAGUACUCGUGAUUCUGUGUCUCCAGAAUCAGAGUCAGAAGAAGAUGGAAUUCACGUAGACUCACAAAAGGCUCUUGCUUUAAAAGAAAAGGGCAAUAAAUACUUCAAACAAGGAAAAUAUGAUGAUGCCAUUGAAUGCUACACCAAAGGCAUGCACGCGGAUCCUUAUAAUCCUGUGUUACCAACAAACAGAGCAUCCGCAUACUGUAGAUUGAAAAAAUUUGCUGUUGCUGAGUCUGAUUGUAAUUUAGCAAUUGCCUUGAAUAGAGAUUAUACAAAGGCUUAUGCCAGACGAGGUGCUGCUCGCUUUGCUUUGCAAAAAUUAGAGGAUGCCAAAACAGAUUAUGAAAAAGUUUUAGAACUGGAACCAAAUAACUUUGAAGCAACGAAUGAACUGAGGAAAAUUAAUCAGGCGUUAACAGCCCAAGAAAAUCCUUAUGCAAAGGAAGUUGAUCCUGUCAUUAAGUCCACUGAGGAGAAGAAAAAGGCGGAAGAGAAACAGAAAAAGCAGCAGGCGCUGUCACAGAAAGACCUGGGAAAUAUAUUUUUCAAAGAGGGAAAAUAUGAAAGAGCAAUUGAGUGCUAUACUCAAGGAAUAGCAGCAGAUGGCGCCAAUGCUCUUCUUCCUGCUAAUAGAGCGAUGGCCUAUCUGAAGAUUCAGAAGUAUGAAGAAGCCGAGAAAGAUUGCACGCAAGCGAUUUCUUUAGAUGGCUCAUACUCUAAAGCUUUUGCCAGAAGAGGAACUGCAAGGACAUUUUUGGGCAAGUUAAUUGAAGCCAAGGAAGAUUUUGAAACUGUUUUACUUUUGGAACCUGGAAAUAAGCAAGCUGUAACUGAACUUUCCAAAAUUAAAAAGGAAUUAAUUGAGAAAGGACACUGGGACAAUGUCUUUCUUGAUUCAACACAAAGGCAGAAUGUGAUAAAGCCAAUUGGUAAUCCAUCUCAUCUUGGAUCGGCUAAACCACUCAGGAAGAUUAUUAUAGAAGAAACUGGUAAUUUGAUACAGACUGUGGAUGAGCCAGAUAGCGCUGCUGCUCCUCGUCCAGAGAGUAAUCCUAUUAAUCUAGCAAAUGUCAUAGCAACCACAGGCACUGCAAAUAAGAAGAAUUCAAGCCAAGAGGAUCUUUUGCCCACAAGCGAUGUUCCAAAAGCAAAAGUAUUAAAAAUAGAAGAAAUCAGUGGGACUUCAGCCGUUCAACCUCCAAUUAGUUUGAGACCGAAUGUGUGUCCGGCAUUCAGUGAGAAGAUUUCUACAGAGGCAGACAAAGGCUUGACUCCGUUUAUCACAGCUGUUCUUCCGCCUCUUCCGGCAAACUCAUUCCAGCUUGAAUCUGAUUUCAGACAGUUGAAAAGUUCUCCAGAUAUGUUGUAUCAGUAUUUGAAGCAAAUUGAACCAUCCUUAUAUCCUAAGUUGUUCCAGAAAAAUCUAGAUCCAGAUGUAUUCAACCAGAUCAUUAAAAUUCUGCAUGACUUUUACAUUGAGAAAGAAAAACCAUCACUCAUUUUUGAAAUUUUGCAAAGGCUGUCUGAAUUACGACGAUUUGAUAUGGCCGUGAUGUUUAUGUCAGAACCUGAGAAAAAAAUUGCACGUGUAUUGUUCAAUCACAUAGAUAAAUCAGGAUUGAAGAAUACGUCUCUUGAAGAACUCAAGAAAAGAUAUGGUGGUUGACUUCCAUUUUUACUGAAAUUAGUUACCUUUGAUCUUAAUAAGUAAAAUUUUCUCUACUGAAAAUAGUAUGUGUGGCUUUUUAAGGAAAUGGUAUCAUACAGAAAAGGACUGGAUAUAAUGAACUAUAAAGUGAAUUGUAAUUGAAAAUUGAAGUGAACUUAAGUGAAAUAUUUAAAAGUCUUAUUCUGAAACAAAACUCAAUAAUAAAAUGUAUUUGUAAAGAUAGUAGUUUGUAUCAUUUAAAAAUCUUA